UUGCAAUUUGGGUUCUCAGUUGCUUGACUCAGCUCAAUGGUGGCAAACAUACCGAACCGGAUCUCGUGGAUUAAAGAGCUCUCCUCGGGCGGGAAAUGGUUCGAAGUAUUCUCCCACUACAAUGAACUGAGGAGGGCGGGCCUCCAAGUCACGGACCCAUCAGCGUUCUCCUCCAUUAUUAAAGCAUGCUCGAAGCUCUCAUCGUCCCAUGGAGAAUCUGUCCAGGCUUGCGUGAUCAAGCUCGGACUAGCUUCAGUCUCCUCGGUUGCCAAUUCGGGUCUAGACUUUUAUGUGAAGUGCAGGGACUACAGAUCCGCGAUGACUGUCUUCCGGUCAAUGGAAAAUCGAGAUUCGAUAUCCUGGAACAUUCUGGUACACGGGUUCCUCGACAUGGGUGACUGGGGAGAAGGGUUGCGGUGGUUUAGGAAUGCUCGGGCUGCAAAUUUUGAGCCAAAUAUAUCCACCUUGGUGCUCUUGAUUCAAGCGUGCAGGAGGGCUCGGUUCGAGCAUGAAGCAUUAGGAGUUCAUGGCUACAUCAUGAAGAGCGGGUUUCAAUAUGUUCCGUCUGUUCAGAAUUCCUUGCUGGGUAUGUAUGCAGGGAUUGACAUGGAGGGUGCUAAGAAAUUGUUCGAUGAAAUGCCUGAGAGAGAUGCUAUAUCAUGGAGUGUGAUCAUUGGAGGAUAUGUGAACAGCAAGGAAGCGGAGAUCGCGCUAAGAAUUUUCCAGGAGAUGGUGUCUGAGGCAAAUGUUCGUCCGGAUGAAGUGACGAUUGCGAGUGUUGUUAAAGCUUGUGCCAACUUCGGGAUUUUGAUGUUGGGAAGGGCGGUGCAUGGGUUCGUGACCUGCAAUGGCCUGGAUGCCGAUAUUUUUGUGGAAAACUCUCUGAUUGAUAUGUAUUCUAAGUGUAAGGAUGUCGACUCUGCUGUUCAGGUUUUCUGGGAAUUAUCUCAGAAGGACCUCGUUUCCUGGAAUGCUAUGUUGUCUGGCCUCGUUCUUAAUGAGAAGUAUCAGGAAGCUCUGUUGAUGUUCAGCUCGAUGGCCAAAGGAGGAGUUGAGUUCGAUGAGGUGACUCUUGUAAAUAUUCUUCAGAUAUGCAAGUCUUAUGCACAUCGUUCUUGGUGCAAGUCGAUUCAUGGCGUAGUUAUUAGGGGGGGAUAUGAAAUGAAUGAGCUUUUGCUCAAUUGUUUGAUCGAUGCAUAUGGAAAGUGUGGCCAUGUCAAUAUAGCUCAGAAGCUAUUCAGUGGGUUGAAGAGGAGGGACGUAGUCUCAUGGAGUGCUUUGAUAGCGGGGUUUGCUCAUAGUGGGAAGCCUGAUGAAGCCAUCCGCGUGUUUGACGAGAUGAUCUGGGCCGCGGAGAAACCAAAUGGAGUCACAAUGGUGAACUUGCUUGAGGCCUGUGCUCUUUCCGGUGAACUCAACCGGUCGAAGUCGGCCCACGGGAUUGCAGUUCGGAGAGGCCUUGCAGAUGAAGUCGCAGUCGGCUCUGCAAUCCUUGACAUGUACUCAAAGAGUGGUGCCAUUGAGUGCUCGAGAAGGGUCUUCGACCAGAUGCCUCACAAAAACAUUGUCACAUGGAGUGCCAUGAUUGCAGGGUACGGCAUGAACGGCCUCGCACGGGAAGCCCUGGCCCUGCUGGCCCAGUUAAGGGAGCAGGGAAUGAAGCCGAACGCGGUGACUGCCCUCUCCGUUCUCUCUGCGUGCAGUCACGGAGGCCUGGUGGAGGAGGGGAUUUCCCUCUUCGAGUGGAUGGUCCAGGAGGAUGGUCUCAUCCGGAGCCCAGAACACUACGCUUGUAUUGCUGACAUGCUGAGCCGGGCUGGGAGCCCAGGUAGAGCGAUCGACCUGAUUGAGAGCAUGCCUCCAGGGAUAAAACCCACGGCGAGUGCCUGGGCCGCGAUCAUGAGCGCCUGCAAGAGCUCCGGGAAUGCCGAGAUUGGUGAGAGAGCUGUCCCCCGGGUUCUGGAGCUGGAACCGCUCUGCUCCACAAACUACAUGCUGGCGUCGGGGAUGUUUGCAGCCGGUGGGAAGCGGAGCGAGGCGGCCUGGGUGAGAAGGCUGGUGAAGGAGAGAGGGGUGAAGGUGAUUGCAGGUUACAGUCUGGUCUAUGUGGAGAAUAGGGCCUGUAGGUUUGUUGCCUGGGAUAAGACUCAUCCAUUUGCUGGUGAGAUUAGUAGAGUGGUGGAACAGCUGCAUCUGUCCAUGAGGUUCGAAAGCAGAAGCGGCAAGUCCGUGGGCAUCGACUCUUAUGGGCAACCGUGGGACGAACUCUCGUGUUGACAACUCGGAAAAAGUUACCGGAUUUUGAGGUUUCCUUGGUCGGAAGCGAAUGAAAGGUCCGAAUUGACAGAAUUUCAAGUUUAUGAAGAUGAACAUAUCCAUAUAUAUGUUGUCUUGUCCACGGCCCAAAUAAGGAAAUAUGGGUUGGUGGAACUUCUAACGUUCUUGCACGAAUUAUGCGACCCUGAUGUCUAUAGGAUCAACUUAGAGCUCAUUAUUUGAUCCGACCUUGAUUAAGGUCUCAUAAACGUUAGAUUUCCCAAUGGAUUGGACCACUAAUUCUUUUGCUGGAGAACAUGUGUCCCUUGUCAAAGAGGGUGUCACGUAGUGAGUUUAGUGACUAAUGCCUUCGCCUAGUAAUCAAAGAGUUCUAGUUUCGAUACUCGUUGUGACGCUGCUCGCGUCUAUUAUAGCUAUUAUAAUUAGGGUAAAUUACCAAAAAAAAUACAAACUUUGCACUUUC